AUAAACUUUCUUUUGUCAGUUAUUGUUUUUCUCUGCCUUUAUUUAGCUGCCUUCUAAAUGCCACUUUUUUCCUUCUUCCUUUGUAUAAGGUGUGUAGCCAUAGAUGGUUAUUUACUUGUAGCUUCAAUUCCAUAAUUCAAUUUUAAUUUUCUUGAAAACCAAUAAUCAGUAGCAACUCUAAUUUGCUGAGGAGUUUCUUCAUAUUGUUGAACAGUCGAUGAACAUGAGUUCUCCAUCAACUCAAUUUGCCCCCGCAAGGAUGGGGAUAUUCGAACCUUUCCACCAUAUGAGUAUGUGGGAAGACACCUUUAGAGGUGAAAUUAUGCCCAACGCUGGUGCUAUGGUCACACCGCCAAAUGACAGGGCAGAUGACAAGUCUGGAUAUACUUCUAGUGAACAACUUAUACCCUCGGGAUCUGAGGAUAAUCAAGCAGGAAAGAGUAUUUCAGACAAGGUACAACGGCGUCUAGCACAGAAUCGUGAAGCUGCACGUAAAAGCCGUAUGAGGAAAAAGGCUUAUGUUCAGCAGCUUGAAAAAAGCAAUUUGAAACUAGCACAACUUGAAAUGGAACUUGAGAGAGCUCGACAGCAGGGACUGUACAUUUUUGGUUCAAAUGGUAAUGCGGGGAUAAGUUCAACAAUUAAUCCAGGAAUAGCUGCAUUUGAAAUGGAUUAUAGCCUGUGGGUUGAAGAGCAACAAAAAAAGAACGUAGAGUUGAGGAACAUUUUGCAAUCCCAUGUAAGCGAAAUGGAGCUCCAGCUGCUGGUAGAAACCGUCUUAAACCACUACUACAAUCUCUUCCGAAUGAAAGCUGAUGCUGCAAAAGCUGAUGUGUUUUACCUAAUGUCUGGGAUGUGGAGAACAUCAGUAGAGCGCUUUUUCCUCUGGAUUGGAGGAUUCAAGCCAUCUGAACUCAUAAAUGUGGUGAUGCCACAACUUGAGCCAUUAUCCGAUCAGCAGAUCGUGAAAAUCUGUAGUCUGCGACACUGUUGUCAGCAAGCCGAGGAUGCUCUCACUCAGGGAAUGGAUAAACUUCAGCAGAAUCUGGCACAGAACAUCCUAACUAUGACUACCGGAAUGGGAAGUUACAGUUCUCAGAUGGUUUCUAGUAUGGAAAAGUUAGAAGCACUCGAGAGUUUUGUUAACCAGGCGGAUCACCUUCGGCACCAAACACUACAACAAAUGUCGCUUAUCUUGACUACACGCCAAUCAGCCAGAGGGUUACUCGCUUUUGGGGAGUAUCUUCAACGUCUUCGUGCUCUAAGUUCGCUUUGGGCUGCCCGUCCUCGUGAACCUACCUAGCCUGUUAUAAUGACAAAACAUAUGAAGAUAACUAGCUUUCUUUGGCAGCAGCUGGUAAUGCCUGGACAAGCUGUAUAUGGAAAACCUAAUCAAAGUCUUGUCUAGAUUGAUAUAGUUUUCAUACUAUGAAAUAUAUAUGAUUCAGGUAACAUGGCAAGUUUUAAGAAUUUAUGUAUAUAGGAAGGGGGCUGUGUAUAAUUCUAGAAUAAGGUGAAAAGAACUUCAUGAGAGUAGAGAAAGUUAAUUAUGAAACUCAAGAGAACUCUGAAAAUGUGAUUUUUACAUAUGGUGGAAAACUUGAAAGUAUUGCUAAUUGCCUUGUACUUUGUGAUCUUUGAUCAUGUAUUAAGGAAAGUUUUAUCCAA